AUGUAUUUAAAGGCAAAAUACUGUGAUGAACCAUUGCCAGAUGAAGGGCCAAAGUUGGGAUCCCGUUGGGGAUUGAUAUUUGAUGGAGUUGUUAAUGCUUACGGUAGUGGAAUUGGAGCCAUCAUUAUUACUCCUCAUGGUUCCCAUAUUCCUUUUUCCGGAAGGUUGACUUUCAAUUGUACAAACAACAUGGUGGAGUAUGAGGCUUGCAUUAUGGGUCUCAGAGAGGCUAUCUACUUAAGAAUCAAGAUUCUGGAUGUGUAUGGAGAUUCGACUUUGGUAAUCAAUCAGAUCAAAGGAGAGUGGGAAACUCGUCAACCCGGUUUAAUCCCCUACAAAGAUUAUGCAAGGAGGUUGUCAACCUUCUUCAAUGAAAUUGAGUUUCAUCAUAUUCCCCGUGAAGAAAAUAAAAUGGCAGAUGCAUUAGCCACUUUGUCCUCUAUGAUUGUUGUAAAAUGGUGGAAUGAUGUACCCGAAAAUGAUGUUAUGCGCGUUGACAGACUCGUUCAUCUAUUUUCAGCAUAA